AUGGCAUCAGCUUCUGUAGCAAUUGCGCCUCAGCCGCACUACCACCACUCAGACAUGAUGCAGCAGGAUUCACAGUCAGGAGACAAGUCGCGGUCUCCGGAAAGGUUAGUUUUGCGGUAUGCAAAAUCUCGCUUUUCUAGCUCUCCUCGUGUUGACUCUUCAUUCUCAACCGGAAUCAGCGGCCGUAGCCCACCAAAGAUGGUUGUUAUUAAGAAGGAACCUUCCCCUGAGCCACCUCGUCACCGUCCUACCAAGUUGAACCUAUCCAAGACUGGUUCGAAUAUCGCUCCUUCUUCGACACCCAGAACCGCCAUGACUAUGCGAGAGGUUGGAAUGGCCUGCCUUUCACCGGGAUUAAAUGUCACAGAUGAUAUCAUGAGAGAACAGUUAGAACGAAGCAUGGAUGUUAGGGAACGACAGAGACAGAUCAUCGAAACCAGACUACAGAGAAACGCCCACGGUAGCAAAGACGACCAUGGUGAACCAUCCGCAGGAUUCAGCACCCCAAGAGGAGGGAAGAGAAAGGCACCACCAAAUGGAUUAAGUAUCGUGGCACCACACCACAGCCACUUUGCGAACGAAAGAGUCAUUCAUUCGGCCCCUCUAAACCAGUCGUUCACUGUCAGGAGAGGCCUUGCGGAAGCGAGAGCUGAUAGAAUGACAAAUCGACUACCACCAAUCGCAGAUGUAGUGUUCGGUCCUGAUAUGGGUGGACGAGACCGAGAAGGGGACCGGGAUCAAGACAGAGCACAACUAUCCUCUCAACUUAGACAACCAGAACAACGCUCAUUCUUCCCACCACCACCAAUGAGUGGUCGUCAAGAUUAUUCUUCGCGCAUGGAUGUUGAUAGACCGGAAAAAUCCAAGGAAUUUAGAACAGCGGAGGAAGCAGUAGCGAGCAUGACAGGCGGACGUGAGGAUCUCCUUCCACGAAUCGUGCAUUAUGGUGGCCAUCAGCCUCCAACUCCUCCAAGCCCGACUCAAGGUGCAAUGGGACAUUCUUCUAAACAGCGAGUUUCGAGUUUAGGCCAUGCAUCCAUGUCGAAAACGAAAACCACAACUCUCACAAUUCCAGGCUCGGCUCACGAAGUUGUCGGAACGAAGCGGAGACGAACUCGCGGCGACUUUGAAAGAGAUGAUUCGACAGGAUCAGAAAACGAUGCGGAAGCACAAGAGGCUAAGAGGAGGAAGAAGGAACGCUUCCUUGCCCUGUGCUCCGAAGCUUGGGAUUUGAUGCACUCAUAA